UCUGAACCUCUUCUACCUUAAAACUCAGGAGGUAUCUGGGACCCUAAUUCCCUCCUUGCCGGGAAUGGAAGAAUCCAGGCCCUCAGCGCCCUCUAUCUUCAGACCCAAGAGUCUGGGUCCCAGCCACUUCCUCCUGCAGGACCCUGAAGAACAGCUCAGAUGCUCUGCUCCCUUCCCAAUCUCAAGAUCCCACUAGAAUUUCAGGCUCCUCCCUCCUCAUCUCUCAGCCCCGCGUUCUCUCUCCCCCAGACCCCACCAUGGGACGCUCACCACCUGCCACAAUAUGGACCUGGGUGUCCCUGCUCUUGCUGUUGAAAACCUGCACAGCUGCAGGACACUGGAGGGCACAGAAGCCCAAGGUGCUGGGGGGCCAAGAGUGCCAGGCCCAUUCGCAGCCUUGGCAGACGGCCUUGUUCCAGGGCGUCCAGCUGCUAUGCGGGGGUGUCCUCAUAGAUGACAACUGGGUCCUCACGGCAGCCCACUGUAAAACACUGAAGUACACAGUACGCCUCGGAGAUCACAGCCUGCAGACAAACGAAGGGACAGAACAAGAAAUGGCUGUGGUUCAGUCCAUUCCACACCCCUGCUACAACAACAACAGCGAUGACCACAACCAUGAUCUGAUGCUCAUUCGACUAAGUGAUCCUGCAUCCCUAAGACCCGAAGUGAAGCCCAUCAACCUGACAGAUCACUGCCCUGAAGUUGGCCAGACGUGCACCAUCUCGGGGUGGGGCACUGUUACUAGUCCCCAAGAGGAUUUUCCUGAUACUCUCAACUGUGCAGAAGUAGAAAUACUUCCCCAGAAGCUGUGUGAGGAUGCCUACCCUGGGAAAGUCUCAGAGGAUAUGAUCUGUGCAGGCGACAGCACUGGGGCUGACUCAUGCCAGGGCGAUUCCGGGGGCCCACUGGUGUGUAGUGGCGUUCUCCAGGGUAUCACAUCCUGGGGAUCAAACCCUUGUGGGCAGCCCCAGAGACCUGGCAUCUACACCAACCUCUGCCUCUACCUGGACUGGAUCAAGAACACCAUAGGCAGCAGUCGCUGAUUCUAGGAUGAGCUCUGGAGCU